GCCCUGCUUUCCUGCCUGGUGCCUGGGUGAUGGAUGCUCUCCCCAGCAGCCCCUGGGGAUGGCUCUGUGUGGCCAUCCCUGUGCUUUUUGGGCUCUGCUUGGCCAAGAGGAGCUGCCGAGCCCAUAUGCUGCUCCGAAGUGUGCUGCCUGCCUUGUUUGGACUGCUGUGCGUGGUAAUGCUGGGCACGUGCUGGGGGCUCAUAGUGUUCUGCAGCACAUGGCUCAGCUGCUCGGCGUACCUGGAUGCAGGGCCACUGCCUGUGGGUGACAAAGCCGUGCUCAUCACAGGAAGCGACACUGGGAUUGGACACGCGCUGGCCAAAUACCUGGAUAACUUGGGGUUCAUUGUGUUUGCUGGAGUUCUGAAUAAGGAUGGCCCUGGAGCUGAGGAGCUGAGGCGAACCUGUUCCCAGAGGCUCUCUCUCCUGCACUUGGACAUAACCAAUCCCACCCAGGUCAAGGAAGCCUACCUGCAAGUCUCAGAGAAAGUGCAAAAGACAGGGCUCUGGGGAGUUGUGAACAACGCAGGCAUCCUGGGCUUCCCUGCUGACGGUGAGCUGCUGCCCAUGAGCAUGUACAGGCAGUGCAUGGAGGUGAACUUCUUUGGGGCUGUGCACGUGUCCAAGACCUUCCUGCCACUACUGCGGAAAUCCCGGGGGAGGCUCGUGAACAUGUCCAGCAUGACAGGAGGCAUUCCACUACCUAGGUAUGCUGCAUAUGGAGCAUCAAAGGCAGCUCUGUCCAUGUUUUCUGGAGUAAUGAGGCAGGAGCUUUCCAAGUGGGGAAUCAAAGUUGCUGCAAUUCAUCCAUCAGGCUUCAGAACAGGUAUCCAAGGCACACCGGAGCUGUGGGUGAAGCAGGAGAAAGAGCUGGUGGAGCACCUCUCGGUGGACGUGCAGCAGGACUAUGGCAGGGAUUACCUGCUGGGGCUGAAGAGCUACCUGCUGCGCAUCCCUUCGUGCUGUGAUGCUGACCUCACCCCGGUGCUGAGCUCCAUCCUGCAUGCACUGCUCUCCAAGCGACCGCACGGCUUGUACACCCCAGGCAAAGGGGCUUACAUGAUGCUCUGCAUCUUCUGCUACUUCCCACUCUGGUUCUAUGACUUCUUAGUUAGUAAGUCACUGGGACUUGAGUCCAUCCCACAGGCACUAAGGACAUCAGAAGCUGAGAAUAAGGACCUCUAAGGUAUCCACUGGCAUCUAUCGGAUUUGUGAUCUCUCUGGAAAGAACUCUGUUUUAGGGCACUACUAAUUAUUGUACUGUCUUUGGUAUAUUGAGGUUGAGUUGCCUUGUGAGUGGAGUGGAAUCUUUGUGUUAAGAGCAGUGUUCAGGACAAGUGCUGGAUAAAUAAAUAGAAAACACAGGGGUGGUCUUUCUGGAGUAACUGUGAUGUUUCCCUGUUUGGUGUAAGUUAUCUCAUGAGGUUAUAUAGCCCCUGUCUGCUUCAACAACCACUACCAACACAUAGAUAUCUAACCUGCUUUUUAAUAAUGUUUUUGUUCACAAUCUUUCUAUACAUUAGGAGAAGCUGCACAUUCCCAUCACUAGAAAGACUUAUAAAUGUUUAAUCCACAUACUUCUCACUGCAGCUUCAGUAUUCCUUUCUCUAUGGUUCUCUUGCUGUUGGACCUGAGAAAUGAUUGGCUUUUUUCCCCCAAGUUCUGUGGAGUAUUGUUGUGAUGUUUAUGAUGUAUCCUCUCUGGACUGAGCAACACCAAUAGUAUGAGGAAGAAAAUGAACAAAGACAGAUGAAGAUCUUCAUCAAGGUGCCAACCAUCUCUUUCCUGCAGUGCAUUACUAAAAACAGUGAUAUUGGCUGCUAAUUUCAUGUCACUGUUUAGCCUGUAUUUGCUGCUUCUGCUUCUUUAUCUGUAAUAAUUAGUAAAUUGAUCUCACUUCUCUCUAGACAAUACUUUAUUCAGUUUUGUGGUUAAUGAAGAAUUCAUGGUUUUGUUGGCUUUUUUCUGAACACUUGCCUGUUUUUGCUGUGUUUUCUUAGAGGUUGCACUCAUCCUAUGAGUCCUGUGCUUUUGGUCACUCCUCCUGAAUCCAUUUGUGGCUGCCCUCCUCUGUGUUCCAUAGAACCCUUUCCAACACCUGCAGUUGAGCAGUACUGUUUUCCUACCUCAUCCACUUUUUAGCAUCACCUGGUUUUGUAAGGCUGUGAUGUUCUGGAACAAGCCCCAUCCCCUGAGUUCCCUGGGGUUGCCGUCUGUAUCUUGCUUUGCUUCCUUUCAUGUGAUGAAGCAGGGAAGCUGUUAUGUUCUGGGCUUUCAACACAGGUGCAUUUUUCCUAUUCUGACAUUCUCAUCUUCUGUCAUAAUCCUACUUGCAUUACGUAGUCCUGAUCAAAAUCCAAUUAAACUUGUUUGUAAUACUUCUGUUUCCUUCGUGUACCUCAUACAGCAAUACCAGACUCUAUUUGUGCCCAGAGGAUACUCUGCAGACUUGGCUUGCUAUUUCAAUUUGUGUCCUGGUUUGGAAAUCCUCCUUUCCUGUACACCCUGUUGUUACUAUUGCUUUUAUCUAUGGUGGCUUUGCUCCUUGUGGGUUUAUAUCAGCCCCACUCAUAGUUUUUUGUGCCAUCCUUUCAGGAAACUACAACUACAAACGUUUCUCUCUCAGGAAGUCUGUGACUGUUUCAAUCUCUAUCAAUUUCUACCCUUUAUUUACUUCACAAAACUUUUUGGUCUGCCUCUAAAAAUGUAUAAUAAAAUGGAUUGCUCUGA